UGCUCAACCACAUCACAAUGGCAGACCCGAUUGAAGCAACCGCACCCGUCACCGCCCCCUCGCACGGCCACGACGAGGAAAAGGCGCGCCUGGACGCCCUACUCAAGAACAGGCCCGAGGCAAAGGAGUUGCAGGACAAAAACAUCCUUCCCAACUCCAACGCCGCCCCCUCCCUCCUCGCCAAGCAGGAAGAGCUGCGCAAGGCCCAACUCGAAGAUAGACUGGCUGACCGCAUCGAGCAUCGUCCUGAUCGUGCUGAGCUAGAGCGACUGGGCAUCCUCAAAUCGGGCUCUUCCUCUAUUGCCCCCGGUCUGCAGGCCAAGCAGGAGGAGUUGCGCAAGGCUCAGCUCGAAGAUAGGCUUGAGCGCGAGCUGGAGAAGAGACCGGAGAGGACGGAGCUGGAGGAACGGGGUAUCCUCAAGGGGGGACAAGGGGUCGCGCCUGGGUUGAUGGCUAAGCAGGAGGAGUUGAAACGCGCUCAGUUGGGGGACAGGGUUAAGGAGGGUGUGGAGGGACGACCGAGUAGGGAGGAAUUGGAGAGUAGGGGGAUCUUGCACAAGGGCGAGUGA